AUGGGAGCUAUUCAGCCAACAACUCGGACGGUCCAUGUCAAGUGGUAUCACCGUGUAUUUGCCGGAUUUGAACCAAUUGUCACCGCAGGACACGCAACAGCACUCGCCGGAAUGCGGAAGAUUAGCCCCACCCCACAACCAGGAGCUCCAGUGUCACCAGCCAUGCUCGACUGGAUUGCCAAUCACAUCGACCACCAAAAGCCCCAACACCGCCUCAUGUUUGGGGCUGCGCUGCUGGGUUUCUUCUAUCUCUUAAGAAGCGGUGAGUACUUAGGGGUAAAAGGAGGUAGACACCGCUACGCCCUCGAAGUCCGCGAUGUGGAGGUUUUCGACGCCAUGAACCGACCCGCCGUGAGGUUCUGUGACGCGACAAGUGCGGGCCUCGGUACAUCCCGUCGUCUAUGGCGUUCAGGCCACAAGCGUAUUUGCCCAGUCCUUGGCGCAGCAAUCCUACUGGAGCUUGCAGCCCAACAUCAUCUUCAACCUUCAGAUCCGAUAUGUUCAUUCAACAGGACACGUAUUCAUAAGGCAGAGGAACUCUCCAAAGUCCUCAAGGAAGCGGCAGCAGCCAAUGGAUACGACCCUCAGCAGUUCUCUUGCCACUCACUUCGCAGCGGAGGCGCAUCUGCACUUAUCGGUGGAGGUGCAGACUCGACGACGAUCAAACUACACGGGCGGUGGAAGUCCAACUCAUUCCAGCGCUACACUCACUACUCAGACGAUGUGGGGGCGCCUUUGGCGGUUCGCGUCACAUACUGA